GUCCAACAGCCCUGGACGCAGAACAUCACACAUCUCUGAUAACAGACACAGAGCACAGCUAAAGGCUUACUCCCAGACAGUCACUUACAAUGGACUUUGCCAGGACAAAAAGCUUGAAGACCCCAUGGGGUUUUUUCUCCCACAUCUUUUUCUUUUCAAUGCUGUCUCAGUGGAAGCUAACACAGGGCUGGUCCUACCAUUACUCCAACUACGGGAUGAGCUGGAACCAGGCUGAGGCUUGGUGCAAGCAAUACUACACAAACAUGGUGGCCAUCCAGAACCAUGAGGAGAUCGCGCACCUCAACAACAUCCUUCCCAAGGUGCAUGGACACUACUGGAUUGGCAUCCGCAAGACCAAUGGCACCUGGACCUGGGUGGGGACCAACAAGCCACUGACGGCGACUGCUGAGAACUGGGCAGAGAGAGAGCCCAAUAACGUAGGCCAAGAGCAGGACUGUGUGGAGAUCUACAUCAAGAGAGACAAGGAUGCAGGCAAGUGGAAUGAUGAAGCCUGUGCCAAGAUAAAGACUGCUCUGUGCUACACAGCGUCCUGUCAGGACGACUCCUGCGGCCCGCACGGUGAAUGUGUGGAGACCAUCAACAAUCACAGCUGCAAAUGUUUUGAAGGAUUCUUCGGCGAAAAGUGUGAGCACGUUCUCCAGUGCAAGGCGGAGGAGAUCUCUGUUCCUCAGAGUGGCAGCGUCAACUGCUUCCACCCUAAUGGACAGUUUGCGUACGACUCUCAAUGCCGGUACUCCUGCAGUGAGGGGUACCAGAUAGCUGGCUCACCGACAACACAGUGCAAAGCUUCCAAGACCUGGUCUAAUCCAGCGCCCACUUGUGAAGUUGUCCAGUGUUCUGAGCUGACUGCCCCGGCCCAGGGUACCAUGAGGUGUGAGAAUCCACUGGGACACUUCAGUUACCAGUCCUCCUGUGGGUUCACCUGCGAGGAAGGGUACACGCUAAGGGGCUCCAGAGAGCUGGUGUGCAGUGCCACUGGGCACUGGAACAACUCAGUGCCCACCUGUGAAGCUGUUGGAUGUCCAGCUCUGGAGGAGCCUGUGAACGGGACCAUGAGCUGCAGUGGGGAUGGUGUCAGCUUUGGGAACGCCUGCAGCUUCAGCUGCAAUGAAGGCUUCCGCCUUCAGGGGGCGCCAGAGAUCACCUGCACCAAGUCUGCUCAGUGGAGCCAGGCAAUGCCGUACUGUGAAGCUAUCAGAUGCAGCGUGCCAGAGAAACGAUCUCACAUGAGCUCAGAGUGCAGCAGGAGUGCCAGUGACCUCACAGUCAACUCAACUUGCCACUUCAACUGUGAUACAGGCUUUGACCUCCAGGGGGCAGUAAGCACAAAGUGCACAGAGACAGGAGAGUGGAGCACAGAAGUCCCUAGCUGCACAGCAGUGAUGUGCCCUUACCUCCAGGAGCCAAUCAACGGCUUCAUCGACUGCUCCUCAGAGAACAACACCUUCAGCACAAUCUGCUCCUUUGGUUGUUUCGACGGCUACCGUCUCCAUGGCUACAAGGAGGUGACAUGCAAUCUUACUGGCAACUGGUCAGGGGAAGAACCUGAGUGCCAAGCGGUCCAGAUGGAACUCCUGAAGACCAGCUUAUGCCUGGGAGCUGGGGGCUCGGUUCUCUCAUGCCUCGGCCUGGCCUUCUGGAUCAUGAAGAGACUCAGGCAGAAAGCUAACAAAUUUAAUCUGAGUGACUCGGACAUCAACGUCCCUCCCCAGAUGUACAAGAGCAGCACUGACAGUCUAAUUUAAAACACGUCGUCUAGGACCAGACAGUAUUGGAGGAUAUGCAUAGACAUGAUGAGAUCCUCAGAGUGAAUGAAUGAAUUCAGAGAUAAGUUAAUGAAUUGUACCAUGACUGAAUGAAUGAACUUUGCCACUAAUUAUACUCUUCCCAUUGGAAGUAUUUAUGAUGUAAUUUAUUGAACAUGUUGAACAUGUUGAGCAUGCGCUAUUGAGUACAUUUCUAUUGAAUAUGUCUGUUUUAAUUUUUGCAUGGUUACUGUAAUAUGUACUGAAAUACUGGAAUAGAAAUAUGUUGUAUUUUUUAACCAAUGUGAAUCAGUCUAUGAAACUGUUAUUUGUCAAUAAAUUAUAGAGAAUUA